UCUACGAAGAAAAGAAUUUUGCAGAAGUAAUAACAUUUAAGCUAAUGAGCUCCCACCAACAACAAAAGCUUGAAUUCAUUGAAAUGUCAGUUGAUUACGAUCUAAGAGUUUUCAAGUACAUUCACCCAACUUUGGGUACUCAUUAUGCUGCUAGAAAACUUCAGUUACAGCAAGCA